UCAAGUAUGGAGGUUUUGUUUUUGUGAUUGUUUUGUUUACAAUUUAUUUAUGCACUAAAGUAUAACAAUAUAAAGAAAUUAUUGCGAAUAUAACACCGAAAGUUUCCUAGUGUUGUGCCUUCCUGUGAUAUAUACCCAAGUGUGUUGUGUUAUGAACUUUUGUUUUGUUAUUGGGCGUCACGAAACCAAAGAAAGUAUUUACCUACUAUUGGAUGGUGUCGCGAUGACAUGAGCGAUGUCGGGGCUGCCGAGCCGCGGGGAUGACGUCGACGUACGCGAACAGGGCAGCGCUUUGAGGGUGGCGACCAACACGCCUCAUCUAGUCAGCCUGGGCACGGGCCGCUUGAGCACCGCGGUGACGCUGCAUCCCAUCAAACAAGGUCGCGUCACAAUCGGCUCGGACCCGACGUGCGACAUCUACGUCGUCGGCACCGGCGUCGCCAACGUCCACUGCCGCGUCGAGAACUCGCACGAUGUCGUCACGCUGUACCCCAUCAGCGGGACCACGCUGCUCGACGGCCUGCCGGUGGACAAGCCGACGAGGCUGUCGCAAGGCAGCAUGCUGACGAUCGGUCGUUCCAACUACCUCCGCUUCAACCACCCCGAGGAAGCGCUUCUAAUGAAGUCGGUGCUGCCGGCCGGCCACGUGUCCAUGGCGCCCGCGCAGUUCACGCCCAACGAGGCCUGCGAGCCCACAGGUUACGUUAACCACCAAUUCGAAAACCAUUGUUACCAGGAGAAGUACAAAGAUAACACACUCAUGCAGUUGGAUCAAGAACUUGAUCUGACGCUGAAGAGCAUGUCCAAGAGGAAACCGCCCGUUGCGCCAAGAAAGCCCUAUAAAGAAGACACAGACUCGAACUCCGACCAAGAAUCUAGACCCAAAAUUGGCAGUAUUAUGGCCAAAGUCUCCAAAUUCGAAUACUACGCGAAGCAGCAGAAAGUCGGCAAAAGCCAAUUUUUCACCAACGACCUUGAAAUAUCCCCAAAAGUCUUCAGUGCGAACUCCCUAACCGUUAACACUCCUGCCAAAGACGUGCUAGGCGGCAGAAACGUACCGAAUUACAUGAAGGUUAAGCAAGAUCCCAAAAUGAUAGUUCUAGAGAAUAACCUGGAGACAAAAGUUCAGCAGAGGAACAAGACUAAAAUUGAUGAUCUGGUGAGGAAUUUCGACGAUCGAGAGAAGCUACCGAAGAAGGUGAACAACGAUGUGAAUGAUUUUAAGAGUGAUGAUUACGGGAAGAUCUGCGCUCAUGUCGGCAAGAUGGUGUGUCUGGCGUCUCCGACUUAUGCUGGACAGUAUAGUCCGGUGUAUUCCAACCUGGAUAGGAGUAAGGAGGCCGAGAGUAUGAGGAUAAAGGCUUACCAGGACAGAGUGAAAGAGGAAGAACAAAAGGAAGCGGAAACGGCGAGACUCGAGGAAAUACUGAACAUGUGCGCCGAAUAUGAGAAGCAGAUUACAUCAGGUGUGCCCCUCACCCCGCCGGAGAAGCGUCCACACAACAAGAUCAUCACCAACGGGUCCCUGCCCCGCAGCGUCACGCUCACACACAACCUCGUGCAGACCAACGACGGGUAUUACAAAUUUGAUACCAGUCUAAACAAGAGCUGCAGUCAGUCCUUACCUGUGCAUAGCACAUAUGAAAAUUACGACACCACUCCUGAAGUUAAAAUUAACGAUUACGAAAAUAUCGGACGAAUGGAUGAAAUAGGUAUUCCGUAUGAGAAGGAAACAAGCCCAGCAGUUAACAGAAAGAUGUCACCAAUAGGAAGCCCGUACGAAAACAUGUAUUUCAAGAAUAGCUUCAAGCCAAAAUCGCCGAAUACUCAUAGUCCGAGGACGAGGAUAAAGACGACUUUCGCUCACAAGAAUCUACCGUCGCCUCAGUACUUUAUAUUCCCACCUCCGCCUCAAAAAGAAGAUAAUGAAGGAGAUAAAUCUAAAGAAAGAUCUAGAGAUACAGAAGCUGAGAAAGUAAAAGAUAGAAAUCAAAGUGAUAAAGAUAAAGAAAGAUAUAACUUAGAUGAUUACGCAAAAGAAACAAAAGAUGCUAGCAAAAGUAAAGUUAAAAAUACAGAAAAUGUUAAGGCAGAAGCUACAUACGAUGGUAUAGAAAAACAACUAAGCAUAGAAGAAGAUAUACCGAUGAUAGAUGAUUCUGAUAUUAGCAAUGAUUUAGAACUGAGAUAUUCUAAAGACUUUAGUGAAAAAGAAGAAAAAGUGAUAGAGAAUAAUUUAAGUUUUGAUGAAGUUAAGAAAGAACUGAUGGCAGACAUUCCAGAGUUAGAAGAAUUCGAAAGAGACAUAAAAGAAAGAAAGACAAAGAAGAUAGAGCAGAAAAUAGAAGAAGUGUCAAUUGAUAGCGUGUUAGAUGAUAAUUUAGAUGAAAUGAAGAGUAGAUAUGAGAAGUUGAAAGAGGAAAGAAGGAAGUUAGUGAGUGAAAUUCAUGAGUUGAAGUGUAAAAUGACAGAAAUCAGAUCACAAGAGGAUGAUAUACUUAGAGAGUUGGAAAUGGAGAAAGCCCUCAUCAAAGGUGAAUACGACUCCGAGAUCGCCAUCUUGAAUAUAGAGCAGAAGAAGAGGACGGAGCUGUCGGAGAGAGCGAGACAGAUAGAGGACGAGAUCAGACAGAUGAGAGAGAGACAGGAGACGCGACAGAACGAGAUGAGGGAUAGGGUGGAGAUAGCCACGCUAAAGGUCGAGAGAAUCGAACGAGACAUGAAGCAGCGCGCGGCCACAGUAGAGGAGUUACAGAACGCGCAAGACAUACUCGACAACGAGACCAAGUUGUACGAGGAUCUCGAGUUUCAGCAUUUGGAGGAGGAGUCUGAAUUAUUAGCGAACAGAGAAGACCUACAAAACGAAAUUACACUGCUCACGAAGAAAAUCGAAGCGCAAAAAACAAGAAUAUUAACAUUGAAAUCCGAAGCAAACAACAAUUUGACUUCAGCGCUGGGUGAAACUAAAGUAUUACAUGCCGAGUAUGUGAAACUGUUGAAUCAAGUUGAAACUUUAACAGGCAAAGUACAGAUGGUUGAAAAAGAAUUGAGGCCUAUAGUUAAUAAACUAAACGAUGUAGAAAGAACCCAGUCACCUGAUAGUGCGUUUUAUACAGACCAAACACGAGCGAAAUCUGGCGAAUUCGGUUACUCCCCCCAAAGCUCGGAUAGCGAUGAUCUAGAUCUAGCCAAAAUCAAGCUGGAAGAUCAAACUAAGAUCAUCAAUGAUAAAUUCAAUUCUAUAGAUCAAAUGUCUCAAUCGAUGAUCGUUGAUAUCGAAAGAAAAGAAUUCGACAGUCCGUCCAAAGUUAAAGAGAAGAAAGGCUUCUGGGAGAGAAAUUUUGAUUCAUUAAAAAGAAAAGGUAAAGAUAAGAAGAAACCGGAAAAGAUUGAUAUUAUGUCGCAAAGUUUGAAUGAGAAUAUUUUCUAUAAUGAUAACAUAGAAGUAGAUACGACAAUGGAUAGGUUUAAUAGUCUACGAAAUUCUAAAAAGAAAGAUAAGAAAGAAAACGGUCCAAUCAAAAGUAAUUCCUCUUCGAAGAUACCGACUUUUGCGGCGUUGGGUAAAAUUAUUAAGAAAGAUUCCAUAAAAAGAAAUAAAGAAACAACAAAGGAUACAAAAGAAGACGACGCUAAAAACCGAUACGUCAAAAAUACAAUUCCAAUUGCCACCGAAAAUAAGUACGUGAAAGCCAAAUCCUUGUCGCCAGACAAAAGUAACUCGAUAAAAGAAGAAGACGAAUUAAAAAAUAUAAACGUCACCGACGACGUCAAACUGACAGAACGAAACGUCAAAAUACGGCACAGGAAGAGCUGUGGGGACGAACCGAGUGUCAAAAUUGGGGAUUUAAAAAAAAUAACGGAUUCGAAUAAAAUACCCUCUCAGGACGACAUAGAUAGGAUAUCUAAAGUGACUAUGGACGCUCCGAUUCUUUCGAGUGAUACGGACAUGAGUUCCCUUGGGAAACGAACUUUGGACAGCCUAAUGGAGAUUGAGAGGAAGAGAAUGGAAAUGCUGGAGGAGCAAGGUUGCCAAGUGAUCGAAAACGAACGAGAGAAAAUAUCCGAACUGAAGAAACGCGCUCAGGACGAGACGAAGAAGCUCUGGGAUCAGCGCAACCGCGACCGCAGUGACAGCUGUCAGCUGUCACCUGUUGACAGAUCGCCGGUGGAGUUUGACAGGUGUCAGGUUGACAGCCGUCAGUUUGACAGGUGUCAACUUGACAGCCCGCGCGAAUACGUCGAGGACGCGAGCUAUUUGGACGGGAGCUAUGUGAUGACUAACUCGACGAUAUACGAGGAUAGUUCUGGAUUCCUUUCAUCUUCAAUCGAAGAGCUCCAAGUUCGUAACUCCCAAACUGAAUCUACAGAAGAUGACAAGCGCAGCGAUGACAGUAGACCGCUCAGCCACGCGUCAGACUUCAGCCGGGAUAACAUGUUGUCCCUCGCGUCGGGCCCGCGGCGCAGUCGGCGUACGGUUCCCAUGGAGCAGAGGCCUCUUACGCGGUACCUGCCUGUUGACAGAGACGACUUCGACCUACGACGACACGUCGAGUGCGCUGGUCACCAGGUCGACUUAUGCCCCUACGUGACGGUGACCGCGAGCGCGUGUCGCGGCUACCUGCACAAGCUCGGCGCCAAGUUCCACACGUGGUCCAAGAGGUGGUUCGUUUUCGACCGCGAAUCGAAAACGUUCGUUUACUAUUGGGACAAGAGCGAGAAGAAACCACGCGGAGGCGCUUACUUCCAGGUAAUAGAAGAGGUAUACCUGGACCACGGCAACACGUCCAAAUCUCCGAACCCACAGACCACUUUCAUAGUGAAGACGCGCCAAAGGCGAUAUUACCUAAUGGCGCCAUCCGGCGAAGCGGCAAGGAUAUGGAUAGACGUCAUAUUCACCGGAGCACAGGGGUAUACGGAGUAUUUGGAGUGAAGUUGAUGGAUAUUGAUUGAUUAUGGAGGUAAAAUUGAUAAAAGUAAUAUUGAUUGAUCAAUAUGAUGGUAAUAUUGACGUGACGUCAAUUUUUAUAAGCACUUGAUAUAUCAAGUUUUGUUAUAUUGAUGGAUAUUGAUUGAUGGUAAUAUUGAUGUGACGUCAAUUUUUGUGAGCGCUUUGAAUAUCGAGGCUUUUUGUAAUAUUGAUAGAGUAUAUUGAUUGAUAGUAAUAUUGGCGUUACGUCAAUUAUUGUAAAUGCUAAGAAUAUCUUGCAGCUUUAUAAUAUUGUUGAUGGUAAUAUUGACGUUUACGUCGAUUUUUGUAAAAGAGGGUAUAUAUUGGAGUUGAUGAAUAUUGAUGAACUUAAUAUUGAUAUUCCUGGAGUGUAACAUUGAUAAAAUUAAUAUUGAUGUAUACGUCGAGUUUUGUAAUUUCUUAGUUCUGUUUCUAGAGUGGUUUUUAUUGGAGAUAAUAUUUAUAGAACGUUACCUAUUUGAAGAAGUUGAAGGGUUUGUCAGCAAUUGGAUGGAAUU